GGCGAGGUGGAAAGAACCGGCGAACACUCCGUCGAAGGACUGCGAGCUAAACACAGAAUAUGCUAAGGGUAUUAACAUUGCUGGUGCUCGGCGCUGUCGCCGUCGUCGCACAGAGAAGACUAGCACUACCAGAUCCCAGGAGCUGCGCCAACAGAGUAAGACACGCCACAUACAGGGACGCUCGCGGCGUCGCACACAGCUACUUCUUCAGCUGGGAACACGGACCCACCAGGAACCUAGAGGUCGACUGGCUGGACUCCAGAAACAUCUGCAGAAGACAUUGUAUGGACGCCGUCAGUCUGGAAACUCCCCAGGAGAACGAGUUUGUCAAACAGAGGAUAACCAGAGGUAACGUGAGGUACAUUUGGACCUCUGGUCGCAAGUGUAACUUUGCUGGUUGCGACCGUCCUGAUCUGCAGCCUCCCAAUGUGAACGGAUGGUUCUGGUCCGGCAGUGGUGCUAAGAUCGGCCCAACGACACAGAGAAACACAGGCGACUGGAGCGCUACUGGUGGCUACGGACAAGCACAGCCUGACAACAGGGAGGCUCCUCAGGGUAACGACGAAUCUUGCUUGGCAAUUCUGAACAACUUCUACCAGGACGGAGUGAAAUGGCACGACGUUGCUUGUCACCAUCUGAAGCCCUUCGUGUGUGAAGACAGCGAUGAACUCCUCAACUUUGUCCGCUCGCGCAACCCCGGCAUCCGUCUGUAGGCUCACCCACACCCUCCCCUCCAUGUGAAUAUCCCCACCACCGCCCCUAAUAUAUUAUUUAGACUUAUAUAUGGAGAAAUCCAGCUGUAAAAUUAAUUUUAUUUUGUAAUAAAAACUUAUUUAAAUGUAAAAAUUAAAAAAAGUACAAAACAUC